UUGGGGUAGGAGGAGCUGGAGUGGGGAUCUUUUCCACUCACACAGACUGUAGUGUCCGCCUGCAGAGCACCUGCUGUCAGGGAUUGUCCGCCGAGUGACAGCGGCCGGGACCCGCGAGCAGAGAGGAGAUGACCCUGCUCGCCUCAUGUUCCCCUGAGUGAUCCCCACCGACGGAGGCCAUGUCUCUCCUGUGUGUCCGAGUUAAAAAGGCCAAACUCCAGGGUCCGCCAGAUAAAUUCAAUACUUAUGUGACUUUAAAAGUCCAAAAUGUGAAGAGCACGACGGUAACUGUGAGAGGAGACCAGCCCUGCUGGGAGCAAGACUUCAUGUUUGAGAUCAGUCGGCUGGAUUUGGGGCUCAUUGUGGAAAUGUGGAAUAAAGGCCUCAUCUGGGACACCAUGGUGGGGACCCUGUGGAUUCCUCUGCAGACAAUCAGACAGUCGGAUGAGGAGGGCCCUGGAGAGUGGACAGCACUGGAAGCUGACGUCUUGAUGAAGGACGAUGAGAUCUGUGGGACCCAGAACCCGACUCUUCAUAAGAUCUUACUGGACACCAGGUUCGAGCUGCCUUUUGAUAUCCCUGAAGAGGAGGCGAAAUAUUGGACCACGAAGCUGGAGGAGAUUAACACCUUGGGAGAGGCCGGAGAGUAUUCCUACACAGAAGAUGUGCAGAAUAAACCGCUGCCCAUGGCCGUCUCUCAGUGCUCUUUCGAAGAUCAUGAUAGUGCUGUUGACGACCGGGACAGCGACUACCGUAGCGAAACCAGCAACAGCAUGCCGCCUCCAUACCAUACAACCUCUCAGCCCAAUGCCUCCAUACACCAGUUCCCUGUGCAACCUCGACUGCAGCAGCAAGGGGGAUCUCGGGAGUCCUGUGUUGACUCUAUGCAGAGCUAUGACCUGGACUUCCGGGAGAGGAGGGCACUGAGGCGAUAUGAUAGCAUAGAUUCCAGUGCAAAUGGACGUCACGAUCUAGAGUCUGCAUCAGAAUCUAGUCAGCUGACGAGCCGCCAUUGUUCCUUAGAAAGCAGGCAUUCUCUAGAUCUGUCCGAUAGUCCUGCUGGGAGCAGUCGCUACGGCUCAUCUGGUAAUGUCAGCCAAGGAAGCUCCCAGCUGAGCGAUUCUGACCAUUAUCAUGAGAGUCUACAGUCUCUGGACAUGGAAGAGGAGCGCCAUGAUCCAAAUUUCUGCUUCGUUGGUUCUGCUAACCAGAGGAAGAGUGACCAAGAGUGGUACAAUGGCCUUGAGCCCAAGAGAACAGGAGAACCUCAGGGAGGCGAGGCACAGCCUGUAGAAGUGGCCGCCAAAUCACCUCAAGAGCUAGAACGAACCAAAGAUGUUCAGCUGGAGAAGCAGGAGAGCUACCAUGAAGAUGUCGGUCCUCCUCCUUUCUCCCCCGCCAAAGCGCGCUGGCUCCGAGCUAUUAAUAAAGUGCGGUUACAGAUAACCGAGACACAAGAUGACGGGGACCCAUCAAAGCAACCGUGGUUCAAAGGCGGCGGGCCUGCCGGUGGCUUAUACGGGAUUGACAGCAUGCCUGACCUUCGCAAGAAGAAGCCGAUUCCUUUGGUUAGCGAUUUGUCCUUGGUACAGUCCAGGAAAGCCGGCAUUACCUCAGCUAUGGCCACGAGAACGUCACUCAAGGACGAAGACCUGAAAUCACAUGUAUACAAGAAGACGUUACAAGCCUUAAUCUACCCCAUUUCCUGCACUACCCCUCACAACUUUGAGAUAUGGACCGCCACAACCCCCACCUACUGCUAUGAAUGUGAAGGCCUGCUGUGGGGAAUAGCCAGACAAGGAAUGCGCUGCAGUGAAUGUGGCGUCAAGUGUCAUGAGAAGUGCCAAGAUUUACUGAACGCUGAUUGCCUGCAACGUGCAGCAGAGAAGAGCUCCAAGCAUGGAGCAGAGGACCGCACCCAGAACAUCAUUAUGGCUAUGAAGGAUCGAAUGAAGAUCCGGGAAAGGAACAAACCGGAGAUUUUUGACGUCAUCAGAGAUGUCUUCAGUGUGAGCAAAGUUGCCCAUGCCCAGCAGAUGAAGACUGUGAAGCAAAGUGUCCUGGACGGCACCUCAAAGUGGUCUGCCAAGAUCACCAUCACAGUUCUCUGUGCUCAGGGCCUUCAAGCCAAGGAUAAGACAGGUUCAAGUGAUCCCUACGUCACCGUCCAAGUGGGAAAAACCAAGAAGAGAACAAAGACGAUAUAUGGCAACCUGAAUCCUGUGUGGGAGGAGAAAUUCCACUUUGAGUGCCACAAUUCUUCAGAUCGGAUCAAGGUUCGUGUUUGGGAUGAGGAUGAUGAUAUCAAAUCUCGCGUUAAGCAGAGGCUGAAGAGAGAAUCAGAUGAUUUCCUGGGGCAGACCAUCAUUGAAGUUCGGACACUGAGUGGGGAGAUGGACGUUUGGUACAACCUAGAGAAGAGGACAGACAAGUCGGCCGUCUCUGGUGCUAUUCGCCUACAGAUUAAUGUUGAGAUUAAAGGAGAGGAGAAAGUGGCGCCAUACCACGUCCAGUACACGUGUCUACAUGAGAACCUGUUCCAUCACCUCACAGACAUCCAGGGGAGCGGCGUGGUGAAGAUCCCAGAAGCUAAGGGUGACGAUGCCUGGAAAGUUUACUUUGACGAGACGGCACAGGAGAUCGUCGAUGAGUUUGCCAUGCGUUAUGGGAUUGAGUCCAUUUACCAAGCCAUGACACAUUUUGCUUGUCUGUCUUCAAAGUAUAUGUGUCCCGGAGUUCCUGCCGUCAUGAGCACGCUCCUCGCCAAUAUCAAUGCCUACUAUGCCCACACCACAGCCUCUACCAACGUGUCCGCGUCGGACCGCUUCUCAGCCUCCAACUUCGGGAAAGAACGCUUUGUGAAGCUCCUGGACCAGUUGCACAAUUCCCUGCGAAUCGAUCUCUCCAUGUACAGGAAUAACUUCCCAGCCAGCAGCCCGGACAGACUGCAGGAUCUGAAGUCUACGGUGGAUUUACUCACCAGCAUCACAUUCUUCCGUAUGAAGGUACAAGAGCUGCAGAGCCCCCCACGUGCCAGCCAGGUGGUCAGAGACUGCGUAAAAGCCUGCCUGAACUCCACGUAUGAGUACAUCUUCAACAAUUGCCAUGAGCUGUACAGCCGGGAGUACCAGACAGAUCCGAACAAGAAGCAGGAUUUACCUCCGGAGGAGCAAGGACCUUGUAAUAAGAACCUGGACUUCUGGCCCAAGCUGAUCACCCUGAUCGUAUCGAUCAUUGAGGAGGACAAGAACGCCUACACCCCUGUACUCAACCAAUUUCCUCAGGAGCUGAGUGUGGGCAAGGUCAGCGCAGAAGUCAUGUGGAACCUCUUCUCCCAGGACAUGAAGUACGCCAUGGAAGAGCACGAGAAGCAGAGACUGUGUAAGAGCGCCGACUACAUGAACCUGCACUUUAAGGUGAAGUGGCUGUACAACGAGUAUGUGAAGGACCUGCCGGCCAUGAAGGACAAAGUGCCUGAGUACCCAGCGUGGUUCGAGCAGUUCGUCAUGCAGUGGCUGGAGGAGAAUGAGGAGGUGUCCCUGGAGUUCCUGCAUGGAGCCCUGGAACGCGAUAAGAAGGACGGGUUCCAGCAGACAUCGGAGCACGCCUUGUUUUCCUGCUCUGUGGUUGACGUAUUCACCCAACUUAACCAGAGCUUUGAGAUCAUCAAAAAACUUGAGUGUCCCGACCCGGUUAUCGUGGCGCACUACAUGCGGAGAUUUGCCAAGACCAUCAGUAAGGUGCUGCUCCAGUACUCGGACAUCCUCUCCAAGUCCUUCCAAUCCUACUGCUUCAAGGAAAAGCUGCCUUGCAUCCUUAUGAACAAUGUUCAGCAGCUCCGAGUGCAACUAGAGAAGAUGUUUGAAGCCAUGGGAGGAAAAGAGCUGGACCCUGAGGCCAGUGACACCCUGAAGGAGCUCCAAGUGAAGCUGAACAAUGUCUUGGAUGAACUGAGUGCUGUGUUUGGAAAUAGUUUCCAGUUCCGGAUCGAUGAAUGUAUUAAGCAGAUGUCAGAGAUCCUGGGCCACGUAAAGGGCACUGGGAACGUAUCCCUUAGGAAUACGGUGGCACAGGACGCAGACAAUGUUCUCCGCCCCCUGAUGGACUUCUUGGAUGGAAAUCUGACCUUGUUCGCCACCGUGUGUGAGAAGACUGUCCUGAAGCGCGUCCUGAAAGACCUUUGGAGGGUGGUGAUGAACACGAUGGAGAAGAUGAUUGUCCUUCCUCCCCUCACAGACCAGUCGGGAACUCAGCUGAUUUUCACUGCAGCCAAAGAGCUGGGCCAGUUGUCGAAGCUGAAGGAUCAUAUGGUGAGAGAAGAGACCCGCAGUCUGACCCCAAAGCAGUGCGCUGUAAUGGACCUGGCUCUGGAUACCAUCAAGCAAUACUUCCAUGCAGGAGGAAACGGCCUUAAGAAGACAUUCCUGGAGAAGAGCCCAGAACUACAGUCCCUGCGCUACGCCUUGUCCCUGUACACACAGACCACAGAUACACUCAUCAAAACUUUUGUGCAGACCCAGACGGCGCAAGGCUCUGGUGUUGACGAUCCUGUAGGGGAGGUGUCCAUACAGAUAGACCUCUUCACACACCCUGGGACUGGAGAACAGAAGGUGACGGUGAAAGUGGUGGCAGCAAAUGACCUGAAAUGGCAAACAACUGGAAUGUUCCGGCCGUUUGUGGAGGUCACCAUGAUCGGUCCUCACCAGAGUGAGAAGAAGCGGAAGUUCACCACCAAAUCAAAGAGCAACAACUGGGCCCCUAAGUACAACGAAACCUUUCACUUCAUUCUGGGAAAUGAGGAUGGACCGGAGUGCUACGAGCUUCAGGUGUGUGUGAAGGAUUAUUGCUUUGCCCGUGAAGACCACGUGUUGGGAAUAGCAGUGGUCCAGCUGCGGGACAUUGCAGACAAGGGCAGCUGUGCGUGCUGGUGUCCGUUGGGGCGCCGCGUCCACAUGGAUGACACUGGACUGACCAUCCUGCGCAUACUUUCCCAAAGGACCAAUGACGAGGUUGCUCGGGAGUUUGUCAAGUUGAAGUCAGAGACCCGCUCUACAGAAGAGGACAGCUGAACUCCGUCCGAGUCCUCUCCUAUGUGCCAAUUAUUUCAGCUCUUGCUGCCUCCGCGUUCCGUGUCCCAUACGUUGCACAAGUGGACAGGAGCGGAUGGUGAGCAGAUUAUUUUUGUGUAUUGCCUGGCUCCGCAGAAGGCGCUUGGUGUCCUGUACAUAAGAUAUUUAUAUAAAGUGACUCUUACUCUGCCCUGUGAGGCGCAAUGGGUUCUCGACAUCCCGGGGCGAUCGCUAGCGCCUUUUCUAUUUUCGUGACUGUUAACGCAAUAAGUCACCGCCAGCUGGUGCAGGACUGUGCUGCUCGCGGAGUCAGUCCUUAAAGGCGCAGGCACGCAGAGCAGUUAAAGAAUGUUGCGGGCCGCAUCUGCCAUCUUUUUAUCACCUUGCAAUACAAUAUGUUUGUCUUGUUUUUUUUAUUUAAGAUUAUUUAAAGAACUUGUCAGUUUUAAGGUCACAUCAUUUUAUCUUCACGAUGAAGCUGCGUUGUAACGUUCCACAUCUAGACCUCCAUUUUCUUUUUAAUAUAUAUAUUUUUGUUUUCUUUUGAGGGACCUUUGCAUUGUUAGGCGGUAUAGUAGUUUAGACUGUAGUAUUGAUGAGACUGCACCUUUUAAGGAAGUGUUACAAUAACUUUAUAUAUAUGUAUAAUGUGCCAUAUAUCGCUCAGCUGGUGCUCCGCAACUAACGCCCGUUUUCUUACAGCUGGAAAGGUGUGUAGAGAUUUGUUUCAAUGUCAUAUUUUGCACUAAUUUGGGAAGGCGGCGUCUGCAUUUGGCAUUUGAUUCACUAUGGGUGAGAAGAACAAGACGCGGCGAUGAGGAUGGAGACGCUCCUUCUUUCGUUGUAUUAUAUGCUGUGAUUGCUCUCAGCGCGGCUGCAGAGUUGCACUCUAUAAUAAAUCCCUCCCCUCUGUAAUCUACAUUAUACAUUCCCUGGACAUGUAGUGUUCAUUGCUGCUCCUGCCAAGACCGCCAUACCCCGGUGCUGCCUGUACAGCACAUGAGCUGCCAUGUAGGGUGCAAGUGUACAGUGAGUGUAAAGGGUGAGAGUGUAAUGUAGACUCGUCAUUGUAUGUGCCAGUCACUGACCCCAUAGCUCAGUCCUUAAUAAAGAUCUUUACUGCAGCAUCUCACGUCUCCUGUCAUAAUCUCACUAGGGUGUAUUGGGGGGGUUGGAAUCGUUCGCUAAGCAAGUUAUGCCCAGCAGUUACUGAAUGACUGACUAUGAUACGCUGUCACUGCAGUCACCCACCCUCCCCC